GAGUCUCCAGUCGAGGUUUCGCCAAACUGUAGGAGAGAAGUACCUUUGCCAGACAGCUCAGCAAAGACCCAGGUGACCGGAACUGAUUGAAUUCUAAAUAACUGUUUGAUUAUUAAUGGCAGCUCUGCAGUUUUGGACCAGGACAGCAGGACACUGAACCAGCCUGAAAUUCCCAUUUUCUGAAAUUUCCAAAUUUGUUUUGUGAAUUUUAGGUUAUUUAAUGGGAUGCAAGUGUUUUAUUUUUCAGUUAAGGGAGUAUUCCUAACAUACAGUAUAAUACAGUGCUCACUUUAGAGGAAGCUUUAUCUGUGCUUCAGUGUGCUCAUGUGUGCGCUCCACGUUGGUCCCUUUAGUGACCGUAUCUGCUGUUUUUAAGUCAUUAAUGGCUGCAGCCAUGUGUUCAGGCAACUGUGAAGGCUUUGGCUCUGUGGCGCGUGACGAGUUCACAUUGUGAGGGAUCGCCUUCGGCUGAGGCAACUCCAUUUUUUCAUUUUGUUAAGCGCCAUCUCAUCUGGACUACUGACGAGUGUCGAUCUCAGUGAUUGUUCCCUGUAAACAGAGCAGCACUGAAGCCUGAGUCAUCACUUACAGUAAGGAGCGGCGAGGUGGGAACAGCAAUAGUGUGAGCAAGGUCUGAGCAGGCUUUGGAGUGCGAUGGCUGGGCGCGGGCUGUCUGUGGGCUUCCUGCUGCUGGGGCUCCUCACUCUCGCCCAUGGCUCCGUGUUCCUGUCCAACCAGCGCCUGAAGGCCCGCUUCCAGAGGGACCGGCGCAACAUCAGACCCAACAUUAUCCUCAUAUUGACGGACGACCAGGACAUGGAGUUGGGUUCCAUGCAGGCCAUGAACAAGACACGGCGCAUCAUGGAGCAAGGAGGGACACACUUCUCCAACGCCUUCGUGACCACGCCAAUGUGCUGCCCGUCGCGCUCCUCCAUGCUUACGGGGAAGUAUGUGCACAACCACAACACCUACACCAACAACGAGAACUGCUCCUCGCCAUCCUGGCAGGCCCAACAUGAGCCCCGCACCUUCGGAGUCUAUCUCAAUAGCACCGGCUACCGCACAGCCUUCUUCGGGAAGUACCUGAAUGAAUACAAUGGCUCCUACGUGCCUCCUGGAUGGAGAGAGUGGGUGGGGCUGGUGAAGAACUCCCGCUUCUACAACUACACCUUGUGCAGGAAUGGCGUCCGGGAGAAGCAUGGUUUCAACUACCAGAAGGACUACCUUACUGACAUCAUAACCAACGACAGCAUUAACUACUUCCGCAUCUCUAAGAAAAUGUACCCUCACCGGCCCGUGAUGAUGGUGCUGAGCCACGCUGCCCCUCAUGGCCCGGAGGACUCAGCGCCGCAGUAUAGCAGCUCCUUCCCCAACGCCUCCCAGCACAUCACCCCAAGUUAUAAUUACGCGCCGAAUCCAGACAAGCACUGGAUCAUGCGUUACACAGGUGCCAUGAAACCCAUCCACAUGGAGUUCACCAACAUGCUGCAGAGAAAGCGGCUGCAGACGCUCCUCUCCGUGGACGACUGUGUGGAGAAGGUGUAUAACAUGCUGGUAGAGACUGGGGAGCUGGAGAACACUUACAUAAUCUACACCGCCGACCAUGGGUACCACAUCGGCCAGUUCGGCCUGGUCAAGGGCAAAUCCAUGCCCUAUGAGUUUGACAUCCGCGUGCCUUUCUACAUCCGAGGGCCCAACGUGGAGGCGGGAAUCAUCAACCCGCACAUUGUGCUGAAUAUCGACUUGGCCCCCACCAUGCUGGACAUCGCCGGCAUGGACAUCCCCCCCGACAUGGACGGCAAGUCCAUUCUGAAGCUUCUGGACACAGAGAAGCCGGUGAACAGGCUUCAGCUCAGCAAGAAGGGGAAAGUAUGGCGGGACUCCUUCCUGGUGGAGAGGGGGAAGCUCCUGCACAAGCGGGACAGUGGGAAGGAGGUGGCCCAGGAGGAGAACUUCCUGCCUAAGUACCAGCGCGUGAAAGACCUCUGCCAGCGGGCGGAGUACCAGACGCCCUGUGAGCAGCUGGGACAGAAGUGGCAGUGUGUGGAGGACGCCAGCGGAAAGCUUCGGCUCUACAAGUGCAAGGGCCUGGCCAGCCUGGCGGCCUCACGCAAGCCGAGCAUCGCCGGGCCGCAAUACUACGGGCACGAUACCGAGUCAGACGGCUGCAGCUGCAGCUUCCCCAACUUCGGCUUGAGCCCCUUCAAGAAAAAGAAGCUGCUCUCCAAGAAGAAGAUGAAGGCCAGUAAGAGCUACUUCAGGAACCGCCUGGCACGCUCCGUGUCCUUUGAGAUGGGGGGGGAUCUCUAUGCGAUCCAGCUGGAGGACGGGUAUCAGUCUGCGGGCCCUAAAAAUGUCAGUGGGGGGGGUCCAAUGACAGCCAUGCCCAGGAAUGAUGACGACGACUUCAGCGGCAUGGGCGUCACCGUGGCCCCGAAAACUGGCAAUAGCCUCAUGGUUCCCUCCUCAAUCAAGGUUACUCACAGGUGCUCUAUCCUGGCCAAUGACACUGUCAAAUGUGACGUCAGCCUGUACAAGUCACUGCAGGCAUGGAAGGACCAUAAACUUCAUAUAGAUCAUGAGAUUGAAACCCUGCAAACGAAAAUAAAGAACCUGCGUGAGGUCAGAGGUCACCUGAAGAAGGCGCGCCCAGAGGAGUGUGACUGCAGUCAGUACAUCUACCAGUCUAAAUUAAAGGGGAAGUUGAGGCACAAAGGAGGCAGUGUGCACCCAUUUAGGAAAAUGCAUGACAAGGACAAGAAGCAGUGGCUGAUGAAGGAGCAGAAGCGUCGGAAAAAGCUGCGCAAGCUGCUGAAACGACUGCGCAACAACGACACCUGCAGCAUGCCGGGCCUCACCUGCUUCACGCACGACAACCAGCACUGGCAGACCGCCCCCUUCUGGACAAUGGGGCCAUUCUGCGCCUGCACAAGCGCCAACAACAACACAUACUGGUGUCUGCGGACCAUCAAUGAGACACACAACUUCCUGUUCUGUGAGUUUGCCACGGGCUUCCUGGAGUACUUUGACCUCAACACUGACCCCUACCAGCUGAUCAAUGCCAUCAACAUGCUGGACCGACACGUUCUGAACCAGCUGCACGUCCAGCUGAUGGAGCUACGCAGCUGCAAGGGUCACAAGCAGUGUAACCCACGCACUCGCAACCUGGAGAUUGGAGGUAAAGAGCGAAGCAGCUUUGAUGAAUACAGGCAGCUCCACCGUCGAAAGUGGCCAAAAGCGAAGAAGCCCAGCUCCAAAUCUCUAGGACAGAUUUGGGAAGGUUGGGAGGGUUAGGACCUGGGAGCCCCUCGGCCCGGACCUCCCUGGGCAGGCCAACUGGUUGGAACUUGAAACCUUGUACAGACUUGAUGAGCACACCUACGAUCUCAAAAGCAACUUCAACGUGAGCCUCGAGGACUGGACCAACUUCGGAGGG